AUGCUGCUGGAAUGGUUCGAGGAGGAAGAAUGUCACUUACCACAACAAUCCCUGGAGCGACCGAGCCACUUCCCGUAUAACACGGCACUCGAACCACGCCGACUCGACUACAUCUUUGCCAAGAAGUUGCUCUGCGACCCGGGGGAGAUCCUCGCCCACAGAGACAUUGCCACGUCGGACCAUGAACCCGUGGCGGUGCCCUUGACUCAGAUUCGCAUCAAGAACAUCGAGGGGGAACGAGCUGCAGCAUGGUCAUCUCGUGUGCUCAGAGCGGGCGACGAGGUCGAUGCCAUCCUUGAUCGCGACCUCCAUGUCGGGGGGGACCCUGUGACACAGAUCCAGCGAGUUGCUGUGGCGAUCAGCAAACCUGGCAAACACAAGCAACCCUUCGAAGAAUCACCGGCACUUCGCGAAGUCCGACGACAAGCACUCCAAGCUCCACCUGGCGAAGAACGACGUCGCCUUUGGAAACUGGCCAGGAAAACACGCAAGCAAGAACACAGACAGUGGCAACAGCUGGCCAUGCAGAAGGCCCUCACAGAGCAGAGCCGUGAUCACACGUGGGAACUACACUUGAUUGACGACGACAACUGGAAGCAGGCGCUGCAGGACCACUUCGAAAAGAUCUUCUUCAAACAAAAGCAGAUCAUUGUCACAGCCACCAUCCGGGGGAUCAUGCACCAGCUGGAGAUCAUGUGCAAGCACACACCCUGGAAACCCUUCACGAUGGAAGAGCUCAUCGCUGUGAAGGUCAAGUGGAAAAACGGGAAGUCGUGCGGACCCGACAUGGUGUCGCAUGAAGCUUUGAAGGCCAUGCUGCCCCACCCAACAUGGGGGAACCGCCUGCUGGAGUUGUUCAACGACAUGCUCUACACCUGCCGCAUCGUUGCAAGUGUCGAAACCGGAGUCACCAUCCUGUUGGCAAAGACGAGUCAGCCAAAAGACUGGAGCGAAACUCGCCCCAUAACACUCAGCUCAGUCCUCCUCAAGACUUUUGGACAAUUGGUCUUACAGCGAUCGGGGGAUGCCAUUCAAACCCCAGCGAGGCUACAAUGGUGCAGGCGGGGGAGACAAGGCAUCGAAUUGAUCCUCAUACUCAGAAGACUGGCACGCAUUGCUCGCGAUUGGGGCCUGGAGUUUUACAUCGCCAAAUUAGACAUCCGGAAAGCUUUCGACUCCAUCUACCAAGAAAGCCUUGCCGCCCACGUGCACCAGGCCGUCGGGGAAAAAGCCCGCCUCCCCUGGGAGGCCCGUGCAUGGGUAGCACUGCUCCAUGCAGAAAAUAUCUGCAUACAAGUGGCGGGGGAAAGUAUUCCCAUUCGCCAGAGCAAUGGGGUCCGUCAAGGUGCACCCGAAAGUCCAGUUGCUUUCGGCUCCGUAGUGGCAGAGGACCUUGAUGCAGCCAUUCGCGAGGCGAAAAGCAGCAAGCCUUCUGACGACACCUCACCACCCGAAGACGGGGGAAGCUACAUGGACGACAACUACAUCUGGUCGACGAACCGCCAGCACUUCCAACACUUGCUUUCGUGUCUGGGCCAUCGACUACCUCGACGCGGACUCUUCCUGCACCCGGGGAAAACCGACAUCAUUUCCAACUCCGACAAGCCAGAGACCUUCAAGGUAGCGGGGGAGAAUGUCGUGACCAAGGGGGGGGACUGCCAUGUUGCUGCUGAAGCACAAAGCAGGGCCCGAAAAGCCUUCUGGACCCAUCGAGAGUCCUUCACCUCUGCAGCCACCAUCCGGCAGAAACUCCAGAUCCAUGUCGUGCUGGUCAGACAGAGCGCCUUAUGGGCUUGCCAGACAUGGCCGUGCCACAGCAGCCUCUUACGCUCCAUUAACAGCAUCCAACUUGCCCAUGUGCGAGUCAUGCUCGGACUCCGACGACAACCAUGUGAAGAGUGGGCGACCUGGAACAAGCGAAGUCUCCGACGAAGCCGCCUUGCCCUCUACCACUGUGGGGGAAUCCGCUGGUCCACCUUCGUGCUCUCCCAGAUUUGGACCGCCAUUGGACAUGUUAGCCGUGGUGAUCCUAUCGGGGGGAAAAUCCUCCAGUGGCACAGCCUCCAGUGGUGGCAAGAGCAAAAAGACCGAGGGCACCCUGUGCAGCAUGCAGCCCGCUUCAACGCCUACAUGGACAUAGACCGGCAACUCAGCGACACAAUCGGCAAGAACUGGUUUGCGAUCGCACAGGACAGGGACACAUGGGGGGAAUGGGAAUCUGUUUUCAUUGCAAAGUACGACGUUCCAUGGAGCAGUGGCAAACAAAGCAGCAUCGCAAACCUCGCACCGGGGGACCAACAAGCCUCCGACAGAGCCUUCCUAGCAAGCCUUGAGGAUGACAACCGGCGCAAGCAACACCGAAACAAUGGCAAGCCAAAACAACGAUCAAAGAAGCAGACAAGCAAGUCGAACAACUUGCAAACACUACACCGACGAGAGUGA